AAAUAAAGAUUAACACAUCAAAAUAUGUAUAAAUACCGUGGAAAUCGCUAUGUUCAGUAUCAGUAUCUCUUCAUCCAUAGAGUUAGUGUCAGUUGAAUAACUAUUGAUAAUCAUGAAGAAUUUUACCUUAGCAAUUCUUGUUAUUACCUUUAUAGUCACGGUACUUGGGAAUAACAACCCAGAUCCGCCUACUCAACCUGCGCGUAUUCGCCGUGAAGCUGAACCGGAAGCUGAACCGGGCAAUAAUCGUCCAGUAUAUAUUCCACCUCCAAGACCACCUCAUCCCCGUCGUAAAGCUGCCCCCGGCAAUAAUCGUCCAGUAUAUAUUCCACAGCCAAGACCACCUCAUCCCCGUCGUAAAGCUGCCCCCGGCAAUAAUCGUCCAGUAUAUAUUCCACAGCCAAGACCACCUCAUCCGCGUCUUCGUCGUAAAGCUGAACCCGGCAAUAAUCGUCCAGUAUAUAUUCCACAACCAAGACCACCUCAUCCGCGAAUCUAAUUUAUGAAGAAUAUGAAGCAGUUGACAUGAAAUAUCAAAUAUUUAAUAAAAUAUUUUUAAUCAAUUCAUUAUAAAAUAUUGUAUUUAAUGUAAUAUAAUUUUAAAAUAAAAUUGAUUUUAUUAUUAUAAAAU